UUGACAACGACGCCGCGUUGCUAGGGCGCCGCCCGGCAGCAGCGCCGUUGGGCUCGGGGCUGGCUGGCAGGAGAGUCCGGGGCGGCGCGGCCGGUCCCAGGCCGUCGGGGGAGCGCGCGGGAUGCUGAAGGCCAAGAUCCUGUUCGUGGGCCCCAGUGAGUCUGGAAAAUCCGUCUUGGCAAACUUCCUGUCGGAGAGCACAGAAGGCAUUAGCAGCUACGUCCCCACUCAGGGAGUGAGGAUCCUGGAAUAUGAGAAACCAAAUAUGAACGGCAACAGUAAAGGGGCGGGGUGUCGAUUUGAGCUGUGGGAUUGUGGCGGUGAUCAAAAGUUUGAAACUUGCUGGCCAGCUCUGAUGAAAGACUCCCAUGGUGUUGUAAUAGUCUUCAACCCAGAACUGCCCAGUCACCUGAAGGAAAUUGAAAUGUGGUACUCCUGCUUUGUGCAGCAACAGCAGUUACUAGAUAGCCAGUGUCUCCUAAUUGCACACCACAAACCAGGCAGUGCAGGGGACACAGAAAACCUGUCCUUGGCUUCACCACUGAACAAACUGAAACUAAUACACUCCAGCCUGGAAGAAGAUCCUGAGGAUGUCCGCAUGGAAUUUGUGAAAUACUUCAAAAGCAUUAUCAACUUGCUAAAUGAGAGCAGAGACAGGGAAGAGAUGUCAAUUAUUACCUAAUCCUGGGAGAAAUACUGAAGUAAGAGAGAUACAGUACUUCUUUCAUUAUGGAAUCUGCCCAAUCCAGGAAACGGGAAUUAAUCUUCAUCUCUGGCAAAUGACAGUCCACAAACAUUUAAUGAGUAUAUUUUCCCAAAAGCAAGUAGAUGCACAAUUUAAGACUCUUUAUGAGAACCUACUACUUACUUCUGAUGAACUGCUAUCCCAAAGAGUUGCCUGUAAGUCUAGGAAUUUGGGUAACUUUAGCUGCCUCCUGGCAUUAGAUGAAGAGAACAAGAACAUAUUUUCUAAUAAAACAUUGAUCUGGA